UGUGCAGGUUAAUGCCCUGCAGUAAUUGAUUGACCUGAGCAGAAGCACAUUGUGACCUUAGGAAAUAUACAAAAGACAGGGCAUCACUUCACCUUAUCAGUGACUAGCAAUGAAGCUCGCAAUUGUACUCGUAGUCUGUAGUCAUAUAACCACAGCCCUACAGAGAAUCCCCCUGGUAAAAGUCCAAACGAUCCGUCAGCAGUUGCGGCAAAAUAAUGAACUAGAGGAAUUUUGGUUAAAUCAUCGAUCUCAGGUCUUUGCUCAGAAGUAUGCUCAAUGUUUCUCAGAUUCUAUCUCAUUUGCAGCUGGAUCAACAGCAGAAUAUCUCUUUGACUACAUGAAUGCCCAGUAUUAUGGACAGAUUAGUCUUGGGACUCCUCCGCAGAACUUCAGUGUAGUCUUUGACACUGGCUCCUCAAACUUCUGGGUCCCAUCCUCCUUCUGUGUCAGUGAAGCGUGCCGUGUGCAUGAGAAAUUCCAGUCUUUUCUAUCCUCCUCCUAUCAGCAUGGCGGAAAAACUAUCUCAAUCCAUUAUGGCACUGGACAACUUGUUGGGGUAACGGCUAAAGAUACACUCCGGAUCAGUAACCUGACAAUUGUUGGGCAAGAUUUUGGACAGUCAGUGAUGGAACCAGGCAGGACUUUUGUACUGGCCAAGUUUGAUGGCGUUUUGGGUCUGGGUUACCCUUCACUUGCUGUUGGUAAUGCAGUCCCAGUAUUUGACCAAAUAAUGAAGCACAAAUUAGUGGAUAAGCCAAUAUUUUCCUUUCAUUUAAAUAGAGAUGACACUUUUAAAUAUGGAGGAGAACUUAUACUAGGGGGUAUAGAUAACUCCCUGUACAAAGGACCAAUUCACUGGAUACCCCUUACAGAAAAGGGGUACUGGCAAAUACGGCUUGAUAGUAUCAAAGUUCAUGGGAAAGUAGCAUUCUGUCCGAAAGGAUGUGAGGCUAUAAUUGAUUCAGGCACUUCUCUUAUUACCGGACCUAGCGAAGAUGUCAAAAAGUUGCAGAAACUGAUUGGAGCUUCACCCUGGAUUUUUGAAGAGUACACAGUAGACUGUAGAAGCAUAACAAAUCUUCCAACGGUGACGUUCACCAUUAAUAAGAGAGAUUACACCAUAACUCCUGAGCAGUACGUACUAAAGGAGCACACCGAAACAUCAGCAAAGUGCUUGACUGGCUUUCAGCCUCUGGAUUUGUCUACAAAAUCUGGGCAGCUAUGGAUCCUGGGAGAUACUUUUAUGUCAAAGUUUUACAGCAUAUUUGACCGUGAAAAUGACAGGAUUGGACUGGCAAAAUCCUGCAAAAGGAACAGACUUCCUAACACAGAACCUGAAGAAUCCUCUAAUUUGGAAAUGUUCCAAUCAUAAUUUCUGAAUAUUAUCUCUAGAAGGAAAACUAUCACACAUUCAUUUUAUCAUGUGAUCUUCAUUGCUCUUUACAGAAAUGUUUAGUAACAAAGCUGUAGAUAAGCCUGUUCCCUGAGUUAUGGAAUUUUUUUGUAUACACUUUCCUGAAUAAUAUCAUACCUCAAUUAUGAACUAUGAUCACCCAAUUAUUUUUUUUUAAAUAAAAUAUGUAACCUUUAUAAAUUCUGAGAAUAAAUAAAAACUGACAAUGUGGGACAGUUGCCAAUAGCAACUGGUAACUUUACCUAUUUUAUUCUCUAAAAUAUAUUUUAAAAUGUAGAACGUUUGAGCAAAUAUUUCCCUUGUACUUUGUUUUAUUUAAUUUUCUCUAUAUAUUUCUGAUACAUAUCGUAUUUAUCGGGGUAUACCACGCACCGGCCUAUAACACGCACCCUCAUUUUACCAAGGAUAUUUGGGUAAAAAAAGUUUUUUACCCAAAUAUCCUUGGUAAAAUGAGGGUGCGUGUGUGUGCAUGCGUAUACCCCGAUACACUGUUUCUGACCCCGCAGAAGCCUCCAGGAAAGGCAGGGGAAGAGAGGCCGUCACUGCCCGCUUCUCUCCCCCUGCCUUUCCUGGGGUCUAGAGCCCUGCUGCCACCGCUUCUCUCCCCCUGGCUAUCGGUGCCGC